AUGGCGGAUGAAACAACUCCUUUGACAACAGGAGUGCCACAAGCCUCCACAUCCACAAUGCCCGGUCCGGAAUAUGUUUUUCCCGGCGGAGUAUCACCAAGAUCACGUCGUCAAAAAUUACACCAGUUUCAAUGGUGUUUGGGUUUAUUGUUUUUAAUAAUACUCAUUGCCGCUUUGGUUAUUGUCUUAGUCCUUAAUGACAGAUAUACAACACCCUAUGUUUUGCUAGCGACAAAUUCCAGUUCAUCUCGGAAUCACACAAAUUCCUUAGCAAAUGAGACGUUGUGGCGUUUGGAGUCUCAAACCUCACCCAUACCCGAUGAACCGGAAAAUGAGUGGGCUUUACGGAAAUUACAUCUAAAUCAGUCGAUUAGCGAUUGGGCUAUUGGAGAGGGCAUUAAAGCUUUGGGUGAUCGGGAGCUAUUGGAAGAAGGUCUUGAACCAACACCCGUGAAUUCGCCAGCCUUCCGUCAUUAUCGUUCGUUGAGUACAAAUCCACAGUCGAGAAAAUUGGCGCGACGUGGUUUUGUUGAGAAUUCAGCAACUCUGAGUAUUGCACGACGCUUUAAUUAUACCAAACGGCCGGGUAGAUCAGAUAUAGGACGAGGACCAAAAAUUGUACUACCCGAUCCAACAUCAAAUAUAAAAUGUGAUUUUAAUUCGAAGUAUCGUCGUCCCAGUGGAAUUUGUAAUAAUAAAAAUCAUCCCCGACAUUAUGGAGCCUCAUUGAUAUCCUAUCGGCGUAUGGUUAAUCCGGAUUAUGAAGAUGGUAUUGGUUUACCGCGUGGCGUACAGCCGAAUGGUACAACUCGUCUGCCUCCAGCCAGGGAAGUUUCGGCCAAAAUAUAUCGCUCUUCAUAUGAAACAGAUUCAAAUUUUACCGUUAUGUUGGCAGUGUUUGGACAAUUUUUGGAUCAUGAUAUUACAGCGACUUCGUUGACUUCAUCACAGGAGGGAGAGUCCAUUAAUUGCUGUACCACGGAUUUUAAUAGCACCGUACAUCCGGAAUGUUUUCCGGUCACAGUGUUAAAGGAUGAUAUUUAUUAUUCGAAGUAUAACCUGACUUGUAUGAACUUUGUACGAUCAGCACCCUCGCCGACAGGCCAUUUUGGUCCCAGACAACAACUGAAUCAGGCAACAUCGUUUAUUGAUGGUUCUGUGGUUUAUGGUAAUUCCGAUUUACGGCAAAAUAAUUUACGAGCCAUGGUCAAUGGUACCUUGAGAAUGUACAUCACGGCCGAUGGUAGGGAGUUAUUGCCCAUUUCCACAAAUUUGGAGGAUGGUUGUAAUCGUGCCAGCAAAAUACGUCAGGGACGUUAUUGUUUUGAGUCGGGUGAUGAUCGGGCCAAUGAGAAUUUACUGCUGACCUCCAUGCAUUUGUUGUGGGCUCGUCAUCACAACUACUUGGCCCAAGGACUACAAAAUGAAAAUCCCGAUUGGAAUGAUGAGACCAUUUUUCAGGAGAGUCGUCGUAUAUUGGCUGCCCAAAUGGCUCACAUAACCUAUAAUGAAUUUUUACCCAUUCUAUUGGGUAAAGAGUUGGCCGAAAAGAAAGGUCUGCUACCGCAAAUGGAUGAUUUAGAUGCUCCCGAUACCUAUGACCGCAAUGUCAAUCCUUCCAUAGCCAAUGGUUUUGCAGCGGCUGCGUUCCGUUUUGCCCACACACUGUUGCCGGGUCUCUUCAACGUAACCAAAAAUUACAGUGAUCCCGAAUCAAUUGAGUUGCACAAAAUGCUUUUUAAUCCUUUCUCGUUGUGGUCCAAUGGUGGCAUUGAUCGCGCCAUGCUUGUGGCCAGUAAUACCCCAGUUCAACGGGUUGAUCGUUUCUUUUCGACCGAAAUUACGCAGAAAUUAUUUGAAGGCACUUCGGAGGAUACAGUACCGAUCUGUGGUCUGGAUUUGGUAUCAUUGAAUAUACAACGUGGUCGUGAUCAUGGUUUACCGUCAUAUCCUAUCUAUCGGAGACAUUGUAAUUUAUCACCGGUUGAUACAUGGGAAGAAAUGGCCGAUGCUGUGGAUGCUGACUCGUUGGCUUCGAUAAGGGGAAUUUAUGCCUCUCCUCACGAUGUUGAUGUUUAUACGGGUGCCCUAAGUGAACCACCCUUGGAGGGUGCAAUAUUUGGCCCACUAUUGGCUUGUAUGGUGUCAGAUCAAUUUCUGCGUUUGAAGCGAGGCGAUUCGUUUUGGUAUGAACGUAAAAUGGGACCACAACGUUUUACCAAGGAUCAACUGCGUGUUAUUUACAACACAACAUUAUCUCAGAUCAUAUGUCGCAAUUCCGAUGAUAUCGAAGAAAUUCGCAAAUAUGUUAUGGAACAUCGUUCAGAUGAACCAAACGUCUUAAUACCAUGCAGUGAUUUAAGAGAUUUCGAUUUUAGUCCCUGGAAUGAAAACGAACAGCCAGCCAAAUGGCAUUCGGCACAUAUUAGUUCACCGAUGACUGCAGUACGAAUCAUGCUGCCGGAAUCAAAUACAACAAUGAAUGGAAAUGAUUUAUUAAUAAUAGAUACAAAUAAAGGUAUUAUUGCCAAUUUAGAAGAUAAAAUACUUGACAUGGUUGAUGUUAUGGUCGUCGUGGUCGUCGAAGACAAUAGUGACGAAGCUGGUAAUGACGUCGUAGAAGCUACUAAUAACGAAUUAGCUUCAACGACAGGACAUGUCGUUGCAUCGAAUUCCCAAUAG